UUCUCCAUCUGUCUCUUUGUCUCUCUUUGGCUUUACAUUGGACUAACAGCAAAGAUCCAGCAAGACCUAAAGCAGCCUCCCACUAUAGUCAAACAGUCAGUGAAGGACUACAUUGUCGACCCCAGAGAUAACAUCAUCAUCGAAUGUGAGGCCAAGGGCAACCAGUUCUCAUGGCGAAGGAACGGGAAGUUUUUCAACAUUGUAAAAGAUCCUAGGGUGACGAUGCGAAAACGCUCAGGAACCCUGGAGAUUGGUUUCCGUAGUGGAGGACGACCAGAAGACUAUGAAGGAGAGUACCAGUGUUUUGCCAGCAAUGACCAUGGAGUAGCUCUGUCCAACAAAAUCCUGCUCCGGGUCUCAAAGGCUCCUCUGUGGCCUAAGGAGGUGUUGGAGCCAGUAGUGGUGACUGAAGGCUCCCCGCUGGUCUCCCUGCAACCCCCGCCAGGCCUUCCUCCUCCGUUCACAUUCUGGAUGAACAGUGCUAUGACUCCAAUCCCUCAGGAUAAGAGAGUGUCCAUGGGUUUGAAUGGAGACCUCUACUUUUCCAAUGUUAUUGCCCAAGAUGCUUACACAGACUACAGCUGCAAUGCUCGCUUCCUCUUCACACACACCAUCCAGCAGAAGAACCCCUUCACACUUAAGGUUCAGACCAAGGAGCCGUAUAAUGACACAUCUUACAAUGCCACUGACCCUAUGGUGGUGAGUCACUUCCUGUCAGGACAGCUUCGCUUCCUGUCCACCUGCUUAGUCAU